UGGAGGGCCGCUGUAGGUCAAAUUUCAGCAGAUUUUCAAUUGGAAAUCGCAGAGCAAAGCCAAUAGGCGGCUGAUUAAGAGUCCACAAUUUUCCGCAGAUUAAUCCAAACUACUAAUAAUAUGGGUGGCAAGUACAAGAUCGUGAUGGUCCGCCACGGCGAGUCCGAGUGGAACCAAAAGAAUCAGUUUUGCGGAUGGUUCGACGCUAAUCUCAGCGAGAAGGGCAAAGAGGAGGCUCUAGCCGCCGGCAAGGCUGUCAAGGAGGCCGGUCUGGAAUUCGAUGUGGCCCACACCUCGGUGCUGACCCGCGCCCAGGUGACCCUCGCCAGCAUCCUGCAGGCCAGCGGUCACAAGGAGAUCCCCAUCCAGAAGACCUGGCGUCUGAACGAGCGCCACUACGGUGGACUCACUGGCCUGAACAAGGCCGAGACGGCCGCCAAGUACGGCGAGGCUCAGGUGCAGAUCUGGCGCCGCAGCUUCGACACCCCACCACCACCAAUGGAGCCCGGACAUCCCUACUACGAGAACAUCGUCAAGGAUCCGCGUUACGCCGACGGACCCAAGCCCGAGGAGUUCCCCCAGUUUGAGUCCCUCAAGCUGACCAUCGAGCGCACACUGCCCUACUGGAACGACGUGAUCAUUCCCCAGAUGAAGGAGGGCAAGCGCAUCCUGAUCGCCGCCCACGGAAACAGCUUGCGCGGUAUCGUGAAGCAUUUAGACAACCUCUCUGAGGACGCCAUCAUGGCCCUCAACCUGCCCACGGGCAUUCCGUUCGUUUACGAGCUGGACGAGAACUUCAAGCCAGUGGUGUCGAUGCAGUUCCUCGGCGACGAGGAGACCGUCAAGAAGGCUAUUGAGGCCGUCGCCGCCCAGGGCAAGGCCAAGUAAGCUAGAGGCUAUACCAAUGGAAUCUAUCAUCCACCUCCGGCACAAAUCGAACCCAGGUCCGAUUAUCGCUUUUGUUCAAGAUAGCCAACCGUAAUCGUUGUUGUUGUUCUUUACGUAGGAGUAAUUGGUUCAUCCCCACUACAAUUAAUAAAUAAUUUAUUAUUACACACACCCACAA